AUGUGCCAUUGCUCGGAGCAGCAAGCACAACGCCACCACGUCCAUGAAUCUCUGCUCCAGCCACCCGUGCUUUAUGACCGGCCGAAGCAAGGGCGCGGUGGCGGCGGCGCUAUCGCCGAGUUGGCCUCCAUCGUGCGGCUUGCCGUGCCGAUGGUCGCUGCGGGGCUGCUCAUGUACGCGCGCUCCCUCGUGUCCAUGAUCUUCCUUGGUCGGCUCGGACGCCUGCCGCUUGCCGGUGGCUCUCUCGCGCUCGGCUUCGCCAACAUCACCGGCUACUCGGUGCUCUCCGGGCUCGCCGCCGGCAUGGACCCGGUGUGCGGCCAGGCGUUCGGAGCAGGCCGCACGUAUGUGCUCACCACCGCGCUCCGCCGCACCGUCUCGCUGCUCCUGGCUGCGUCCGUCCCCGUCAGCCUGCUCUGGGUCGCCAUGCACCGUGUCCUCGUCGCCACCGGCCAGGACCCCGACAUUGCUGCCGCCGCGUACGAGUUCAUCCUUUGCUCGCUCCCUGAUCUCCUCGUGCAGUCCUUCCUCCAUCCGAUCCGCGUCUACCUCCGCGCGCAGUCAAUUACGCUCCCGAUCACAUACGCGGCCGCCGCCACGCUCCUCCUCCACGUCCCCGUCAACUCCCUCCUCGUGCACGGCCUCCGCCUCGGGAUCCGCGGCGUCGCGCUCGGAGCCGUUUGCGCCAACCUAAACUUCUUGCUGUUCCUCGUAGCCUACGUGUACUUCUCUGGGAUAAUGAAUGGCAAUGGCGGCGGCGAUGGCAAAGGCGUAUCAUCAACGGCCGAGGAGGAACAUGUGCUGGAGUGGGGACGCUUGGUGAGGCUCUCCGUGCACAGCUGCAUGUCGGUGUGCUUGGAGUGGUGGUGGUACGAGAUCAUGGUCUUGCUCUGCGGCGUGCUCGCUGACCCGAAGGCGGCGGUGGCGGCUAUGGGGAUACUGAUACAGACCACAUCCCUGGUGUACAUCUUCCCGCACUCCCUCGGAUGCGCCGUGUCCACACGCGUCGGGCACGAGCUCGGCGCGGGGAGACCGGAACGCGCGCGCCUUGCGGCACACGUCGGCCUCGUCUGCGGCGCCGCGCUGGGGCUCGUGGCGUGCGCGUUCGCGGCGUCCGUGAGGGGCGUGUGGGCGCGGAUGUUCACCGCCGACGCCGCCAUCCUGCAGCUGGUGUCCGCGGCGCUGCCCAUCCUUGGCGCCGCCGAGCUGGGCAACUGCCCGCAGACGGCGGGCUGUGGCGUGCUCCGCGGCAGCGCGCGGCCGGGGAAGGCCGCGAGGAUCAACGUAUCGGCGUUCUACGGUGUCGGCAUGCCCGCCGCGCUGGCGCUAGCGUUCUGGCCGGCGCGGCUCGACUUCCGGGGCAUGUGGGCCGGCAUGCUGGCGGCGCAGCUUGUGUGCGCGGCGCUGAUGCUGCGAACGGUGCAGCGCACCGACUGGGCAGAGCAGGCCGUUCGCGCGCGCGAGCUGACCGGCGCCGAGGUCGAUGGCGACGUCAAAAGUGGGCAUGCAGGCGCAGCAGAACUAAAGGCGGGCAACGGCUUGCUCGUGGUGACCGUGCUAAGUUGA